AUGCCCCGUCCUUGCACCGUACGGGAUGAAAACGUGUUUGGACCUUUUAUCCAACCAUCGUGUUUCAACGGCUUCGACUUCACCUUGCUCUUUGAGGAGAAUAUUCUAACAAUUGUCCCUUCUGCAAUUGCAUGUCUACUGUUGCUAUUCCGCGUUCGGAAGCUCCAGCAUGUUCCAGUAAAGGUCAGGCCGUCAUGGCUCUCGGUGGUCAAGUUAGUGGCGAUUUCAUUAUACCUGGUUCUGCAGCUCGUACUCCUUAUCCUUUGGGCCGCCGAUGGUGCCUCCCGCACCGUAGCCACGGUUCCUGCCACAAUUGUGACCAUUAUAACUUUUAUCUUCAUUCUUUACGUGUCUCAUCUUGAGCACAAACGGUCCCUGCGCCCAUCAACGAUUAUAAACCUGUACCUGGGGUUCUCAUUGCUAGUCGACAUCGCCCGCUGCCGGACCAUCUGGCUGGUCAUCGAACGUCUACCAAUAGCGGUGCUGUUCUCCGUCGGCUGUGGAAUAAAAGUGGUAAUUUUAGGGCUGGAGGCAACUGAGAAGCGAUCUCUAUUGAAGGAUCCCUACAAGGACAGCGCUGCAGAGGCAAUCGGGGGAAUAUAUAACCGCAGCGUGUUCUGGUGGGUGAACAACGUCUUACGGAAGGGCUUCAAGAACCUCCUCCCAAUUAGCUCACUAAACGUUCUCGAUGACGACCUGCUCGGUGCAGCUGAUCCCCAGGUUUUGAUAGAAAGAUGGAAGAACACAGACAAAUCUGCAUCUCACGCUCUCCUUUCUUCGUUUUUGCUGCAUUAUAAAUGGCACAUCGCGGCGGGGGUCAUUCCCCGUCUCGCGUGUAUUGGCUUCUCAUUCGCACAGCCUUUCCUAGUACAGCGAGUACUGGAGUUUAUAGGUGAGAGUGAUAGCUCGAUUUCACGCUAUCAGGGGUACGGGUUGAUCGCUGCAUACGCAAUUGUUUACGUGGGACAUGCCAUUUCCCAAGCGGUCUACGAGCAUAAAACCUAUCGCGUAAUCACGAUGGUUCGAGGCAGCUUGAGUACCAUGAUCUUUCAAAAGACUCUCCGCGUAGAGUGUUCGGCAACCUCUGACAGCAUUGCCAUAACGCAUCUAAACGCGGACGUGGAGUGGGUUUCUAGUGGUCUAUUGGACCUGCACGAAUUUUAUAGUAGUAUUCUGGAGGCUAGCUUGGCCUUGUGGUUGCUGGCACGAUUGCUCCAAAUGGCGAUGGUGGCCUCUGCAGUAUUUAUUCUCAUCUGUCUCGCUGCUGGAAUUCCAUUAGCCAUAGCAGCAGGCAAUGCUCAUAUACAGUGGCUUGACGCCAUUGGAGAGCGUAUUUCCGUGACUUCUAAAGUCCUUGGUUCGAUGAAAGCCAUCCGGAUGAGUGGGAUAGCAACCCCUGUCGCAUCAGGUGUAGAAACGCUUCGUGAUGAAGAGAUCAGAAGCUCGAGACGAUCCCGCUUCCUCGAUGUGCUAGUUUUGGUAAUGUCCUACACCUCCUCUACAUUUGCCCCCGUAUUCGGAUUUGGGCUGUAUAGUAUACUCGCAAAGAAGAAUGACACUGAACCUUUGACCGAUUCCGUCGCAUUCUCUGCCCUGACGCUGUUCUCGCUUCUCGAACACCCUAUGGGCACCCUCACUCAGGGAGGAGAGCAUCUGGUAGCCAUAGUGAAAGGUUUCCAACGAAUUCAGACAUACCUACGCGAAGACGAAAGAUUAGACUGCCGAUUGAUCUCAGGGCUCGAGCCAUUGCUUGCCAUUGACACAGAAUCAAAAUCGCCCCUACAAACCACGGUCUCUGAUUCUCAGGGCGAGGAGAAAGUUGAAGAAGGAGGACUUGGCAGAUACGUGACAUUGCAAGAUGUAUCUGGCCCUUUUUCUGAGGACACACAACCGCGAAUUAAUGAAUUAUCUCUGGAAAUCGAUCAUAAUAAGAUCACAAUGAUUGCUGGCCCUGUCGGAUGUGGCAAGUCCAUUCUCCUCAAGUUGCUUUUGGGCGAGAUUCCAUACUCAGGUUCUUUGUGGAUAAGUCAUACCCAAGCAGCAUACUGCAGUCAGGCACCAUGGUUGGCCUCUGGAAGUAUCCGAGAUAAUAUCGUGGGGACGUCGCAAUGGAAUCGGCCUUGGUAUGAUGAAGUAAUGCAUACGUGUACCCUUGACACAGACCUCCACGAUAUGCCGGAGGGGGAUCUUACCCGGGUUGGCGUUCGAGGAUCCCGGAUGAGUGGUGGACAGCAGAUGCGUGUGGCGCUAGCGAGAGCUUUAUACUCGAGAGCAAAGGUCAUGAUCCUUGACGAUGUAUUGACGGGUUUAGAUCAGGUUACUGCUCAACAUAUUCUAAAACGACUGUUUGGACCAGACGGCAUGUUCAAAAAAAACGGGCAAACCGUUGUAUUAGCAACAAGUUCCGUACACCAUCUGGAGUAUGCCGAUUCUAUCAUUAUACUCAGCAGUGGUGGUCGGCUUAUUGAGCAAGGGUCGUACAAGGACUUAGUGGCUAAGGGCUGUUAUUCGGAAAACCUUGGUCGCCAGAGUGAGGUUUCUGGCGAUGACCAGGCUGUGGAGAAGCCAGCAGAUGAGGCAUCACUACCGCCAUCUCCCUUCGACGAGGAAAUGGUUCCCGAACGAUCUCAUGGGGACUCGACAGUGUACAAAUUUUAUUUUCAAAAUGUGGGCUGGGUUUUGCUAAGCUUUUAUAUCAUAUGCACCUCCGCUUUCAUUGUCGGGUUUAGCUUUCCGCCUAUCUGGCUUCAGUGGUGGACAGAUGCAAACGUGAACCACCCAAAUGAACGACUUGGAUACUGGAUAGGCGUAUAUGCUGGCCUCAGCGGCCUGUGCCUGGUAUUACUCGGCCUUUGCGAUUGGAUCUUUAAUAUGGUCAUCGAGCCGAAGACUGCCAAACGGUUCCACAGUAUCUUGCUAAGUACGGUAAUGGGGGCAACUACUGCAUUCUUGACAUCGACGGACAUUGGCAAAACACUCAAUCGAUUCAGCCAAGACCUCGAGAUUAUUGACAUGGAACUAUCAUCCGCUUUUGAUAUGACAAUGAUUGCCUUCCUUAGCUGCAUCGCGGAAGGAGUCCUGGUUUUUGUGGGCUCGUCUGCCUACGUUGGGGCCGCAAUUCCAUUUUGCAUUUUUGUAGUGUACGGGAUUCAAAAGAUCUACCUUCGCACCUCCCGCCAAAUCCGGCUGCUUGAGAUUGAAUUCAUGGCACCUUUGCAGUCCCAGCUCCUAGAGGUCCUCUCCGGACUUCCCUCCAUUCGCGCGUAUGGGUGGACGGAGGAUUAUCAGGAGCGAAACAAAGUCCUGCUGAACACGUCACAGCAGCCAUAUUACCUGUUGUUCUGUCUGCAGCGGUGGUUGAAUCUUGUCUUGGACCUUCUUGUUGCUGGAAUCGCAAUCUUAGUGGUUUCCAUCGCAACAAGCCUACGGGGAAAAGCCUCCACCGGUCUUUUGGGUGUGGCGUUAUUCAAUAUCGUCAACUUCAGCGGCAGCUUACAGCAACUAGUUGCCCAUUGGACAAAACUGGAGAUAGCAAUCGGGGCACUAUCGAGAAUCAAGAUUUUCAUAGGAAAAACUCCGCGUGAAGAUGUCAAUGAUGAAACAGAGCCAGUAGAAGAAGAUUGGCCGAAAGAAGGUGCUAUCUCCUUGACCAACGUGUCCGGAUCAUAUGGGAUAAACGAAGCCAGCGUCAUCGAAGACAUUAACCUAGAGAUUAGGCCGGGCGAGAAAGUUGCCGUGUGCGGUAGAACCGGCAGCGGUAAAUCCUCGUUGAUUCUAGCCCUCCUACGAAUGCUCGAACUGAAAAAUGGUACUAUUCUCAUCGAUGGCGUAGACAUAUCGAAGGUGUCACGGUCUGAUGUCCGCACCCGCCUCAACGUCGUCUCCCAAGAACCGGCAUUCUUGCACGGCUCUGUGAGGCUCAAUUUUGACACUACAGGUGAAGUGGAAGACGACUCGAACUUCAUCGACGCUCUCAAAGCAGUCGGUCUGUGGGAGCAUAUUGAAUCCGAUGGCGGCUUGGAUGCCGAACUAUCAGACGACCUGUUCUCGCAUGGAGAACGGCAACUCUUCUGCCUUGCGCGAGCCUUGUGUCAUUCGAGCUCUAUCCUAAUUAUGGAUGAAGCUACUAGCAGUGUCGAUACUGGAACCGAUGAGCUGGUCCAUAGCAUUAUUAACAGCAGGUUCCAGGGCAAAACAGUCAUUUCGAUUAUCCACAAGCUGCACAAUGUUCUGGAUUUCGACAAGGUUGUGAUGAUGGAUAAAAGCCGGGUUGUUGAGUUUGAUUCUCCGGGCAGUCUUCUGACCAUGGAGGGGUCGUUAUUUAAGCGGCUUUAUGAAAACGGGGGUCUCCUUGAAGGAAAUUGA